AUGAAGACUGAGGUGGAGAAACUGAAAUUGGAACAAGCAGCACAAGAGGCAGAACUGGUAGUGCUGAAGACAAGGAUGGACACUGGUGAAGCCCAAGUGGAGACCAGACUGUCUGCCAGAGAGACUGAGGUGGAGAAACUCAAAAUCGAACACGCAGCACAAGAGGCAGAGCUGACAGAAGUGAAGACCAGAGUGGCAGUCACUGAGACUGAAGUAGUGAAUCUGGAGAAAGAGAUUACAGAGAAACCCAAGGUAGCAUUCUCAGCAGCUCUGACUGACUCAGGAUACAUAAAGGCUGGGAAUACUGUUUUGAACUUGGUCUUCACUAAAUCCAUCACCAAUGUUGGACAGGCCUACAGCAACAUGACCGGCUUCUUCACAGCUCCAGUAAAAGGAGCCUACUACUUCAGAUUCACAGUGUCAGAUGUACUUUUCUCAACAUACAUGCAUAUCAGUAUGUAUAAGAAUGGAGUGCAGGUCAUGCAGUUGUAUGAGUAUGAAAAUGGGCAAUACAAAUACAACUAUCUCUCCAGUGGUGUGACUCUGCAGCUGGAGGUGGGAGAUGAUGUUAACAUGAGAAUCCCUGCAGGCUCCAGGCUCUAUGAUGAUUCUUAUAACCGCAGCACCUUCAGUGGCUUCCUGCUCUUUACUCUUUGA